AUGAACCCCCAUGCAAAGCUAAUAUCUACUCUUAGCCUAAUGUUAGGGACCACUAUUACUAUCUCAAGCAACCACUGAAUAAUAGCAUGAACCGGAUUAGAAAUCAACACUCUCGCCAUCAUCCCACUAAUCUCAAAAUCCCACCACCCACGAGCCGUCGAAGCCGCAAUUAAAUAUUUCCUAGUACAAGCAGCUGCCUCAGCACUAGUCCUCUUCUCGAGCAUAACCAAUGCCUGAUUCACAGGCCAAUGAGACAUCACCCAACUAAGUCACCCAACAUCCUCUCUUCUACUAACCACAGCAGUCGCAAUAAAACUAGGAUUAGUGCCGUUCCACUUUUGAUUCCCCGAGGUCCUUCAAGGGUCAUCCCUAACGACAGCCCUCCUUCUAUCAACAGUAAUAAAAUUCCCACCAAUCACCAUCCUCUUCCUGACAUCUCACUCCCUCAACCCAACACUACUAACCGCUAUGGCUAUCGCCUCAGCCGCCCUAGGGGGUUGAAUAGGCUUAAACCAAACACAAACCCGAAAAAUUCUGGCCUUCUCAUCAAUUUCUCACCUCGGCUGAAUAGCCAUCAUCAUCGUCUACAACCCCAAACUCACACUACUAACCUUCUAUCUAUACUCCCUAAUAACCACCACCGUAUUCCUUACCCUCAACACAACAAAAACCCUAAACUUAUCAACACUAAUAACCUCCUGAACAAAAACCCCUAUACUAAAUGCGACCCUCAUGCUCACCCUACUCUCCCUAGCUGGUCUCCCCCCGCUAACUGGCUUCUUACCUAAAUGACUUAUUAUCCAAGAACUUACCAAACAAGAAAUAACCGCAGCAGCCACAAUCAUUACCAUGCUCUCACUACUAGGGCUAUUCUUCUACCUCCGCCUUGCAUACUAUUCAACAAUCACACUCCCACCCAACUCCACAAACCACAUAAAACAAUGGCACAUUGACAAACCAACAACAACCUCAAUUGCCGUACUUACUUCACUAUCCAUCUCACUCCUUCCCCUCUCUCCCAUAAUCCUCACCACCAUCUA